AUGUCGACUAAUGAUAAUCCAACAACAACACGAUUAAUUGUAACCGAUUAUUUUAAUUGGCGUUUAAGAAAUUUACCAAUACGAAAUAAUCGUUUAUUAAUUAUUGUACAUAAAAUUGCGUCUGAUUGUGAAACAAGUUAUUAUUCUCAACAACCAAUGUUUAAUUUUCAUUUUUCAUCAUUAUCAUUAUUUGAAUUAAGAAGUUUUCAUUAUGAAAUAGUUAAUGAAUUCUUUAAUGAUGGAAUAGUCACAUGGGGUCGUUUCAUAAUAAUGUCUUAUGGUUGUAUUUUAAUUAUUAUUAUUAUUGGUAUUUUAUUUCGAUUGAUUAAAACAUCCGAAGAUGAACAUCGUUUAAUACAUUAUUUAUUUUCUCAACAAGAUUAUAAUCCACUUAUACGACCUACACAAUAUUCAAAUGAAACAGUUGUUGUAUCAUUUGGUCUUUUAUUAGUACAAUUAAUUCAUGUUUAUGAAAAAGAACAAGUUAUGAAAACAAAUACAUGGUUACAUAUGAAAUGGUAUGAUCCACAAUUACGUUGGAAUCCACAACGAUAUGGAGGUAUCGAUAAAAUUAAUAUUCCUUAUUCAUAUGUUUGGACGCCGGAUGUUGUUUUAUUCAAUAAUGCAGAUGGAAAUUAUGAAGUAUCAUUUAAAUGUAAAGUUGUACUUAUGCAUACAGGUGUUGUUCAUUGGGUACCACCGGCAAUUUAUAAAUCAUCAUGUCGUAUUGAUGUUAAAUAUUUUCCAUUUGAUACACAAGAAUGUGAAAUGCGUUUUGCAUCAUGGACAUAUAAUGCACGUGAAGUUAUGUUUUCACAUUAUACCGAAGAAAAAGAACAACGAAGUGAUAUAACAAAAUUAUUACCACAACAAGUAUAUAGUGCGUCUAGUGAUGAAUUAUAUAAAGAUGAUUAUCUUGAAAGUGGUACAUGGGAUGUCAUUGGUAUUCCUAGUAAAUUUGUUCAUUACCGUUCAAAUAUUUCAAAUGUAUUACCGGAUUAUAUUGAAAUUGUAUUUUUAAUUCAAAUGAGACGUAAAGCGUUGUAUUAUACAGUUAAUCUUAUUGUUCCAACAGGUUUAAUGAGUAUUCUUAUAUGUAUUGUAUUUUGCUUACCGACAGCAGCUGGUGAAAAAAUGACAUUAUGUAUGUCAGUAUUAUUAGCACUUAAUCUUUUUCAACUUCUUGUUACAAAAAUUUUACCACCAACAUCAGCUGUUGUUCCAUUAAUAGCUAAAUAUCUACUUUUUACAUUUUCACUCAAUGUUCUUGUUAUUAUAAAUACAGUAAUAAUUACAAAUUUUUAUUAUCGUACACCAACAACACAUACAAUGCCAGCUUGGGUACGACAAGUAUUCCUACAAAUACUUCCACGUUUCUUAUGGUUGGAUUCAUCGAGAUUUUCUGAAAAACAAAUUGAAUAUGAAUUAUCAUCAUCGAUUAAUACUAUUGAUCAAUCAGUUAUUCUUGGAAAUCCUUAUCAUAUGUUAACUGAAACAACGGCAGAUAAUCGAAGAAUAAAAUCGAAACUUAUAGAUAGGGUAAUACAUUAUUAUAUUCUAAUUUGAAGAUAUACUAAAGAGAAUUAUUGUUGAUCUUACGGCUAUAGUAAAUAACCGAGGAGGAUAUAGACUAGCAAAAGCCGAAGAAGAUAUGGACACACGUUGAGAUAUCGAUAUUUUACUAGAAUUUUCCUAUAAAAUUAAAAUUUCGAGUUUUGAUAGAAAACUUUGCCCAUA